GUCCAAUUCACGCAGCACUGAACGAGAUCUCGUACGUUCGAUUCGGGCUCCGCUUCUGACCGCACCACCAACUUGUCACCAAAGAUGGCGAUUUGCUGAGUGCUCAUGGAUACACACAUUUCACGGCUAGCCCUUAUCCUACCACAGACGUCAACUGUAAAAACAAAUUAACUGCUCAUCGAGCCCAUACGUGAUCGUCGGAAGAACACCGGGAACAACGUAGGCCACCGCCACCAUGCAAAUCACGCUAAAAACACUGCAACAGCAGACCAUUCAAAUUGAGAUCGACCCCGAACAAACGGUGAAGGCCUUAAAAGAGAAGAUAGAAGCAGAGAGAGGAAAAGACAAUUUUCCUGUCUCAGGGCAGAAGCUGAUAUAUGCCGGAAAAAUUCUUCAAGAUGACACGCAAAUUAAGGACUACAAAAUUGAUGAGAGAAACUUUGUAGUAGUCAUGGUGUCCAAGGCUAAGACUACAGCUGCUGCUGGGGCUCCUCCGGCUUCGGAAGCAGUCAAACCUACUGCCCAGGAUUCCGGUUCCACAUCAACCUUCGUUCCCACUUCAACCUCAGCCCCAGCACCAGCCCCAACAUCUACCCCUGCAGCAGUCCUCACACCCCCCGAGGAAGUGAAGGAGGAACCGAGUGAUACGGCAACAGAAACCCCACCAGCCAGUUCCAGUGGAGGGAGCCAGGGUUUGGAUGCCUCUUCUGCACUGGUGACUGGAGCAGAGUAUGAAGCAAUGCUGAAAGAGAUCAUGUCUAUGGGUUAUGAGAGGGAGAGAGUGGUGGCAGCACUACGGGCCAGCUUCAACAACCCUCACAGAGCUGUGGAGUACCUUCUCACUGGUCUUCCGACCAACCCAAUCCAGGACACGAAUCCCCCAGCGCACACACCAGCAUCUGGACCCACAGAAGCACCGUCUCUAGCAGAAGGUGAAAACCCCCUUGCAUUCUUGCGGACUCAGCCCCAAUUUCUUCACAUGAGGCAGGCCAUCCAGCAGAACCCAGCUAUGCUUCCAGCUCUCCUACAACAGCUUGGGAGGGAGAACCCCCAACUCUUGCAGCAAAUCAGUCAGCACCAGGAGCUGUUCAUCCAAAUGUUGAACGAGCCAGUGGGCGAGGGUGGAGAGGCGCCAGAGGUCGGAGAGAUAGGCGCAGCGGGUGAGGAAGGUGCACCUAUCAACUAUAUUCAAGUCACACCUCAGGAGAAGGAAGCCAUCGAAAGGCUAAAAGCGCUGGGCUUCCCUGAGGCGCUCGUCAUCCAGGCCUAUUUUGCCUGCGAGAAGAACGAGAACCUGGCCGCCAACUUUCUCCUCAACCAGGGCCUGGAAGACGACUGAAGAGCUGAGACGAUGGCCACCUUCCUGCUGCUCCCUCCCACCCUUCCCCUCUUCAAAAACUGCACCCCCAAUUUACUGUACCGCCACCAACCUCAGCUCCACUCAUCACGAGGGGGGAGGGGAGAGCCAGAAGGGAGUGGGGCGGGAUGGGACGGGGUCAGGUUAAGACUAAACAAGAUGGAGGUUGUGUGCAGGAAGGUCAGACUUAAUGAUAAGUUAGCUCAUGGAAGGUCAUGUGAAAGAGUGGACAAAUCCACGUGAAUUCCAAUGGAAUGUGUGGGCUUUGUUAAGGGGACAUCCACAAUUUGAUUUUAGAUGCGCUUUGUGAACAUUAAAGAGGGGCUGAAGUUGCUGCGCUAAGUGUGUGUGUGUCUGGGUGUGCGUGUGUGUCUGUGUAUAUACACGUCUGCGUGCCUGUGCAGAUGUGAUACAAAUACGCUGAAGUAAUCAGUUUGCAUUGCCUAAGUUUGUUAAUGCUGUAGUUGAGCACAUUCACCUCCUCUGCAACAUGAUCAGCAUAUGUUAAGCACCCCGUUUGUGUCCAGCGUUUGGGGCUCACGGAAUCAACUGACAAUAUUUGAUCUUCUCUUGUAUAUCCAAUUUUGUCCAUGCCAGCUAGAAAGACGGCAGCUGAUAUGAAUUCUUGCUGAAACCCAUCUUCCUUAAGGAACCCAAAUGAACUCAUGCUAGCUAUGCUGAUAGCUUCUGUUGGACACCAAAGUCCAGGAAAAGCUACCGUACAAUUUAAAAAGUGAAAUGAAAAUGCAUUCUGUGGUUUCAUCUCCUAAAAUAUACAACUCUGCAAAUUCAUUGUAUUUGAAUACGAUUAGUAGAUGCUUGGAAAUGUGCUCCCCAAAAGUUGAUGUAAAAGACCAUUUGAAUCAACAGAUCCUGUUCAAUGGGUUGCCCGGAGUAGACUCAGAAUCUUUCUCAUAGAAUUGUUACACAUUAACUGGAUCUAUCAGUGUGGUGAUUCUCAACUGCUGGGUCAGGACCUAAAAGUGGGCCGGUAAAACCUGGUACAAAAAAAAAAAAAAAUACAUAGGUCCUAUUUGGAUUUUUUUUUUUUUUUUUUUUUUAAGGAGGCGGGGGAAUUAUAGUACAGAGGGGAAACAAGUUCCCACAGGAAAUCUAUUAGAUAAAUGACAAGAAAAGUUACCAACUUUUGCAGUGCAGCUCAGCUUCUGACUAGCAGGGAAUACGGUUAGCAUUAUGCUCUGGGCGUUUUGCCAAACUGAUAUGAAACUGCAUUUAAAAGUAUAAAUUGGAUUUAUUCAGAGGCUAUUUUUAAUUUUAAAAAAUACAGUUGAGGAACACUGUAUUCGAGCAAAGGCCCAUUUAUUGUAAGUUACAUUAGGCAAAUGCUAAUCCUGUCCCAAAGUUUCUUUUGUAAUUUACUUUUUUUUUAGUCUCCAUUUGUAUGUUAUGUUUAAUCAAUUCUCUCCUCAGAACUAUAUGUGGUAAAGAGAUAGUUUUUUUUUUUUAAGUUUGACCUAGUUUUGAAUAAAGUGCAGUACAGUUCUUUAUAAAUUUAGACAUUUUGGAUCUCAAAAUUCAUCUUGACGAUCAACUAUUCGGAAAGUGGUCCACUGUAGGGUUGUCACACUGUCCCGUCCAGGUGGAAUUACUGUAAAACUUCUGCUACCAAACUGGCCCGGUUCUGGAAUGAGGUUGUGUGGUGGUUUUGUUUCUUAAUGUUGAACACGUAUCGGAUAAGAGCAAAUGUUCACAGUGUGAUUCUAUAUGUGUGAGGGCAGUUUGUGCUUGACUGUCUUUGCAGCAUCAACAUGAUCUUGGACUAUGCUGUGCUACAUUAAAUAUCAGCAGUCUUUCA